AUGCCUUCCCCGGUCUUGCGAGUCAAGCGGGGUUUCGGUACCAACAACAUGGCAGCCAAACUCGACGGCGAGGCUGGGGCCCAAGGAGCGAACGGGGAGGCCCAAGUCGGCCACAGGGAGACAGCGAAAGCAACCGCCCCCGGCAGGUCCUUGCACGCAAACGUCGGGUCGUUUGCAGCGCGCCCCUCGACGGCUGCAUCGCUAGAGCGUUUGGCGGGUGGACCGCCAGAGUUUGCGGCGGCGGCGACGUCGCCGGCAGCCACUGGCAGCGCCCCAAGAGAAGGAAGAAGCAAGCAGAGAAGGCGGAUUGAGACAGUUGAGAGUUGA